AUGUCACGUAUUUUUACUGAACAUGCUGUUGAAGAGAGGGGCGAGAGUGCGCGAAUGUCAAGUUUCGUAGGUGCUAUUGCUGUUGGGGAUCUUGUAAAAAGCACUCUUGGUCCUAAAGGAAUGGAUAAAAUUCUUCAAUCUGCAUCUACUGGUGAGAUUGUGGUUACUAAUGAUGGCGCAACCAUUUUGAGAUCUAUUUCUCUUGAUAACGCUGCUGCUAAAGCACUUGUUAAUGUUUCUAUAACUCAAGACAAUGAAGUAGGGGAUGGAACAACAAGUGUUACAGUUUUAGCUGCUGAGCUUCUGAGAGAAGCUGAAAGGCUUAUUGAUUCUAAAAUACAUCCUCAGACUGUUAUAGAUGGGUACCGGAUUGCGACUAAUAUAGCUCUUAAUGCAUUAUAUAAGUCAUCUGUUGAUCAUAAAGAUAAUUCAGAAUUGUUUAGGAGGGAUUUGGAAAAUAUAGCUCGCACUACACUUAGUUCUAAGAUUCUCUCUCAAGAUCAGGAUCAUUUUUCUAAAUUAGCUGUUGAUGCUGUAUUUAGAUCUGCUAGUCUUGAAAAUAUUCAGAUUAUUAAAAAGCUAGGAGGUAGAUUAAAGGAUUCCUAUCUUGAUGAGGGUUUUAUAUUGGAAAAGAGAAUUGGAGUUAAUCAGCCUAAAAGACUUGAAAAUGUAAAAAUUCUUGUUGCAAAUACUCCUAUGGAUACUGAUAAAGUGAAAGUUUUUGGUGCACGAGUAAGGGUAAAUGCUACUAGUAAGCUUGCAGAAUUGGAGAAGGCAGAAAAAGAGAAAAUGAAGGCCAAAGUUGAGAGAAUAAAAGCGCAUGGAAUUAAUUGUUUUAUAAAUCGACAGCUUAUUUAUAACUGGCCUGAACAAUUAUUUGCUGAUGCUGGAAUAAUAUCUAUUGAGCAUGCUGAUUUUGAUGGAAUAGAAAGACUUGCACUUGUUACUGGUGGAGAAAUAGCAUCAACUUUUGAUCAUCCAGAAUAUGUGAAGUUGGGGAAAUGUGAUUUAAUUGAAGAAAUUAUUAUUGGUGAAGAUAAAAUGAUUAAAUUUUCUGGUGUUGCUGCUGGUGAAGCUUGUACGAUAGUUCUUAGAGGUGCUACAUCCCAGCUUCUUGAUGAGGCAGAAAGAUCUUUACAUGAUGCAUUGGCAGUAUUAUUACAAACUAUGAAUGAUUCUAAAAUUACUUUGGGUGGUGGUUGUUCUGAAAUUCUUAUGGCAAAAGCAGUAGAUUCUGCUGCAUCUAAGGAGUCUGGGAAAAAGGUUCAUGCAAUUGAAGCUUUUGCUCGAGCCCUUCGCACAAUACCUAUGAUUCUUGCAAGUAAUGCUGGGUUUGAUUCUAAUGAACUUGUCUCUUUGUUACGUUCUGCUCAUUAUAAUGGAAUGACUUCAUAUGGUUUGGACUUAAUCAAUGGUGAAAUAGCAGAUAUGAGAGAUACUGGCGUUGUUGAGAGUUAUAAAUUAAAACAUUCAGUUGUUUCAAGUGCAUCAGAAGUAGCAGAAAUGCUUUUAAGGGUUGAUACUAUUCUUAAAUCUACUCCUAGACCAAGAACUCGUUAG